AUGGCCCUGGACGGCGAGAGGGGGGAGCAAGAAGAGGAGAAGAAAAAGAAGAAGAAGAAAAAGAAGAGGAAGAAGAAGAAGGAGGAAGAAGAAGAAGAGGAGGAGGGGGCCGAGAAGAGCGGCUCACCCUUGGCGGCCACCAUGGGAGAAGAUGACACCGCGGCCGCGCUCCGGGCCAGCGGCAGGGGGCUCUCGGACGCGUGGGCUGACUCGGUGGGUGUGCGGCCCCGUACCACCGAGCGCCACAUCGCCGUGCACAAGAGACUCGUGCUGGCCUUCGCCGUGUCCAUCGUGGCACUGCUGGCCGUCACCAUGCUGGCGGUGCUACUCAGCCUGCGCUUCGACGAGUGCGGGGCGAGCGCGGCGGCGCCUGGCACCGACGGGGGCCCCGGGGGCUACCCCGAGCGCGGAGGCGGCACUGGCAACGGCAGCCUCCCGGGAUCUGCCCGGCGCAACCAGCACCGAGCAGGAGGGGACUCCUCUCAGCAGGAGACGGGCGGGGUGGCCACCCCGGGGACCCCAUCUGCUCAAUCGCCGUCGGAGGAGGACCUUGAACCUUGGCAGCCUUGGACGCAGCUACGCCUAUCCGGCCACCUCAAACCCCUGCACUACAAUUUGAUGCUCACCGCUUUCAUGGAGAAUUUCACCUUCUCCGGGGAGGUCAACGUGGAGAUCGCGUGCCGGAACGCCACCCGCUACGUCGUGCUGCACGCCUCCCGGGUGGCGGUGGAGAGGGUGCAGGUGGCCGAGGACCGCGCGUCCGGGGCCGUCCCCGUGGCCGGCUUUUUCCUCUACCCGCAAACCCAGGUCCUGGUGGUGGUGCUGAAUAGAACCCUGGACGCGCAGAGGAAUUACAACCUGAAGAUUAUCUACAACGCCCUGAUCGAGAAUGAGCUCCUGGGCUUCUUCCGCAGCUCCUACGUGCUCCACGGGGAGAGAAGAUUCCUUGGUAUUACUCAGUUUUCACCUACACAUGCCAGAAAGGCGUUUCCAUGUUUUGAUGAACCAAUCUACAAAGCCACUUUCAAAAUCAGCAUCAAACAUCAAGCAACCUACUUAUCUCUCUCUAAUAUGCCAGUGGAAACGUCCGUGUUUGAGGAAGAUGGAUGGGUGACAGAUCACUUUUCUCAGACCCCUCUUAUGUCCACAUAUUAUUUAGCCUGGGCGAUUUGCAACUUCACAUACAAAGAAACUACCACCAAGAGUGGGGUUGUAGUGCGAUUAUAUGCAAGACCUGAUGCUAUCAGAAGAGGAUCAGGGGACUAUGCUCUCCACAUUACAAAGCGAUUAAUAGAAUUUUAUGAAGACUACUUUAAAGUGCCCUAUUCCUUGCCAAAACUAGAUCUUUUAGCUGUGCCUAAGCAUCCGUAUGCUGCUAUGGAGAACUGGGGACUAAGUAUUUUUGUGGAACAAAGAAUACUGCUGGAUCCCAGUGUGUCAUCUAUUUCUUAUUUGCUGGAUGUCACCAUGGUCAUUGUUCAUGAAAUAUGCCACCAGUGGUUUGGUGACCUUGUGACUCCAGUGUGGUGGGAAGAUGUGUGGUUGAAGGAAGGGUUUGCUCACUAUUUUGAAUUUGUGGGUACAGACUACCUCUAUCCUGGCUGGAACAUGGAAAAACAGCGAUUUCUGACAGAUGUUCUACAUGAAGUGAUGCUGCUUGAUGGUUUGGCCAGUUCCCAUCCCGUAUCCCAGGAAGUGCUUCAGGCAACAGAUAUUGACAGGGUGUUUGACUGGAUCGCAUAUAAAAAGGGUGCUGCUUUAAUUAGGAUGCUGGCUAACUUUAUGGGUCAUUCAGUUUUUCAGAGGGGUUUACAAGAUUAUUUAACCAUUCAUAAGUACGGAAAUGCAGCCAGAAAUGAUCUCUGGAAUACAUUAUCAGAGGCUUUAAAAAGACAUGGAAAAUAUGUAAACAUACAAGAAGUUAUGGAUCAGUGGACACUCCAGAUGGGCUAUCCUGUUAUCACCAUCUUGGGGAAUACUACAACAGAAAAUAGAAUCAUAAUCACCCAACAACAUUUCAUUUAUGACAUUAGUGCUAAAAGUAAAGCCCUUCAAGUUCGAAAUAACAGCUACCUGUGGCAGAUUCCAUUAACUAUUGUGGUAGGAAACAGAAGCCAUGUGUCUUCAGAAGCAAUUAUUUGGGUGUCUAACAAAUCAGAACAUCACAGAAUCACUUCCUUGGACAAAGGAAGCUGGCUGCUGGGAAACAUCAAUCAAACAGGCUACUUUAGAGUCAACUAUGACCUCAGGAACUGGAGAUUACUCAUUGAUCAAUUAAUCAGAAACCAUGAGGUUCUGUCAGUCAGUAACCGUGCAGGUUUGAUAGACGAUGCCUUCAGCCUGGCCAGGGCUGGCUAUUUGCCUCAGAAUAUUCCCCUGGAGAUUAUCAGAUACCUGUCUGAGGAGAAGGAUUUUCUUCCCUGGCAUGCUGCCAGCCGGGCUCUUUAUCCUCUAGAUAAAUUACUGGACCGCAUGGAGAACUACAAUGUCUUCAAUGAAUAUAUUUUAAAACAAGUUGCAACGACAUACACCAAACUUGGAUGGCCAAAAAAUAAUUUUAAUGGAUCUCUUGUUCAAGCUUCCUACCAACAUGAAGAACUCCGGAGAGAGGUGAUAAUGCUGGCAUGUAGCUUUGGCAACAAGCACUGUCACCAGCAGGCAUCAACACUUAUUUCAGAUUGGAUUUCCAGCAACAGGAACAGAAUACCACUAAAUGUUAGAGACAUCGUCUACUGUACAGGAGUGUCCCUGCUGGAUGAGGAUGUCUGGGAGUUCAUAUGGAUGAAAUUCCACUCCACUACAGCGGUUUCUGAAAAGAAGAUAUUACUGGAGGCUUUAACUUGCAGUGAUGACAGAAAUUUAUUAAAUAGGCUUCUAAAUCUGUCACUGAAUUCUGAGGUGGUUCUGGAUCAAGAUGCAAUCGAUGUCAUCAUCCACGUGGCUCGAAAUCCACAUGGUCGAGACCUUGCCUGGAAGUUUUUCAGAGACAAAUGGAAGAUAUUAAAUACCAGGUAUGGAGAAGCAUUGUUUAUGAAUUCCAAACUUAUCAGUGGCGUUACUGAAUUUCUUAAUACUGAAGGUGAACUUAAAGAGCUAAAGAACUUCAUGAAGAGCUAUGAUGGGGUGGCUGCUGCUUCUUUCACACGUGCUGUGGAAACUGUGGAAGCCAAUGUACACUGGAAGAUGCUGUAUCAAGACGAGCUUUUCCAGUGGCUUGGCAAAGCUAUGAGGCACUAAUAUGUGUCUCUUAUUAACAGUUCAACUCAGAAUUUUGUGAGAGGACCUGCUUGAUAUGGAAUGAGGAAGAUGACCAGAAUUUGUGUCAAUGUGUGGGAGGAAUUUUUGUUGUUGUUCUUGUUUGUUUCAUUCAUUCUGUUGUGUUCCUCUACUGGGUGUUCUUGAGACUCUUACAAGUGAAACGCCACAGUUGCUUCAGCUGUACAUUCCUUGCUGUUCAGGACCAAAUAUGAUAGUGGUGCAUGUUCAUGUUGUUGUUGGUUUCAAAAAUCAUAGUCAGAAAUUCAGAAUAUCUGGUGCAUGGAUGUUUGGUCCUGCCUGUGUUCCAGCAUGCUUAUUUAAAAUGUCCAAUGUUGUAUGUGAAUCUAUGUUACAUCCAGGAUGGGCAUUAUGCAAAAGCACAAAGAUUAUCUAUGACAAUCACUGUUGCAAUGAAAGAAAACCUUUGAAAGGGAAUUAUAUUCUCAGCCAUGACUAUGGGAAACAUAAAAUAGCCCUUUAAGUGACCAGUGUCAUUUAUUUCAGCACUUGGAUUGUCUGGUAAUGAUUAUAGUGUUGCUAUCUUAUUUUUUGAGUUAAUGUUGUGUGUACAUUAAAGAUGGCAUUAUGUACGUAUGCAUAUGUACAUUAGGGAGCACCAUAUGUAUAUAGUAUGUACACCGCACACUUUAGGUCAAAGAAAACUGAUCUCUUUUGGUAACAUAUGGACAUUUGGGAAAGGUUUCAAAUAUUGUAUCUCAACAUUAUCUUUCCUGUUUCCCAACUAAAUUUCUUAACUGGUUUUCAUAUGCUUCUGAAGAAGGGUCUGUUAUCUUACAUGAAGAUGGAUUAUAACAAAAUUUAUACAUAAACUAACCAAUAUUCUAAUUCUCCUCAGUCAGUGGCAGCCUUAUAUUCUGUCAUUAUUUUGGAUGAUUUUCCUAUUGCAUAAGACAGUAGUAUGAAGUUAGAAUUAUCAGCAUUGAGAAAAUGCUUACUUUCCAUCUUGUUUGUCUUUCUUCCCUAGAGUAGUGCAGUUAAAACUUAUCUCUAUGUAUUGGUCUUUGUAUGUGUAUUGCUCUAAUCCUCACUAAGCAGUCAUACCUCAGUGGGUCUAUUCACAUUCAAUGACCUUCUAUACCAGUUGUGCCAUCCCUUAAGAUAGGAAGUUGUUUUGUUUGUGGUAAUAUACAAAGCCUUUGGGCAUCAAGUACUCUGUUCUACCUGUGGAUUUUGUAUAGCCAUCAUCAUAGCUGUGUCUAACUCAGUUGUAAUUAAUUGGUCUUCUCACCCAGUAGGUCAGCUCUCUAAACAUCACUUAAAUGCUUUUGAGUUAACAUAUUUUAAGUUUGCCAUUGCAAAAUACUCAUGCAACUAAUACACUUAAGUCAGCUGUCUGUGGGGCCACUUUCUAUUUUCCUGAGGUGUUCCACUCUUCCAAAAUGUUAUAGACUUGUGAAAAUGGAAUUCUUAAACUAUCACUGAAUAGUUAAAAAAAAAAAAAAACAGCAAGAGGAGCCAUCAAAUUAUUUUAAGUUUUCACAAAACAGUAACAUUGUUCAAAUCCAUGGCAUUUAUUUUUAUAGUUCAAAUUGAAUUUUAUCAUUGAAGCAAUUACUGCUUAUUAUUUUAUCUACAUUUUCUAAUAGUUCACUCAAUUAAAAUACAUGAAUUCUGAAUACUCUGUGGUGUUAAAUAAGUCAUGGUAAUGCUUAGUGUGAAAUCUGAAGUUAUGUUAACCUACCAGAAGUGAUGAAAUCCAAUUACUAAAUGUUACAUUUAAAAAGACCUAUGGGAAGAUACUCUGAAACAUAUUAACAAUAAGCAUCACACAGCCAUACAGGUCCCAAAACUUCAUUAUAUCACUAAUUAAUUCAUGUAACACAACAAUAGAAAAUUAGAGGUUUAUGUCUUGCUUCAUGUCCUGAAGUUUCAUGUACUGAAACUUAUUGGUAGUUGUGGCAUUUUCCUUUAGCAGAAUCUCCAUUUUCUGCUUUAAGUUAGGUGUUUAUCAUUCCUUCUCCUCCCCACUGUGAAUAGUGAUAAUCCUCUCCAAUUGUUUUAGUGGCCUUGAACAACUGGUUUAGCUACAAUAUAAAAUCAUAAGUGUAUAAUUAUGUGAAAUGUUUAAUACCUCAUAUGAUACUUGUUCAACAGUAUAGUGGUACCAAUGACACUGGUUUUUGUUCUACACAUUUUUCAAUAAUUUAUUCUUUCCAAUGUUGAAAUUAUACCAGGCUUUAAAGGUUUUUUUUUAGUUGUUUAAAUAAGUAAUAUUUUCAAAAUAAUAAAACUACCAAUGGUAUCUCUUGGAAUAUUCUGUAAAAUAUAGUUAUAAAUUUAUAUUUUCUACUUAGAGUUCUUAUCUUUUCUCUCUUUCUUGUCUUUUGUAAAUCAUACCCACAUAAAAUAACAAAUUGUUGAAGAUGUCUGUCAUCAGUUGUUGAAAAUUUACUGUGCCAAUAUCUGUAUAAUAGGAAAAUCUUAGUUUCAAUUAGAAAAUAUGUAAAUUACUUACCACAGUGGAUAAU